AUGUCGAAACUAUUCAAAUGGAUUUUAUUGUGCGUUUGCAUUGAGCUUUGUGGAGGUGAUAUUCGUUUUACCAAUAUCAAGUGUACCGAAUUUCAUCCGGAUUUUGCAACUUUUCCACAAUGCCGUCUUAAAAUGGUGAAGCGUGGUGUAGUCGCUUUAAAUAUUCAUGUUGCGCUUCAUCAGUUGCCUGUUAAUAAUGUAUCGGUCAAUGUUUCGUUGUGGAAGAAGGUCAGUGGAUAUCGUCCUUUUCUUUAUAACGUAACCGAAGAUUUCUGCAAAUUUUUACGAAAUCGCAAGAAGAUACCAUUUUUGAAAAUAGUUUCUGAUAUUUUGCUGAAGGAUUCCAACAUCAAUCACACAUGUCCUUUUAAUCAUGACAUUAUUGUGAACAAUUUAAUUUUAAAGGAGGAAAUGUUCAAAUAUCUUCCUUUACCCAAUGGUGAAUACAUGUUUCAAUUCAAGGUGGGUGCUUAUAACGAUUGGAAGGCUGAUGUGAGGGCAUACUUUGCAGUCCGACUCAAGUUUGUUUUUACAUGGGCGAGUACCUCACAAAUGUUUCCAGCAUUAGAAGGCGAAAAUCGCCGCUGA